AUGUCUCGAGUCGGGGACGCCAGGAGCAGCUCGAUCAAGCUGAGGGAUAGCGACUACACAGUGGGAUGGAUUUGCGCGUUGCCCAAAGAGCAGACUGCGGCGACUGCCAUGCUCGAUGACAUUCACCCCGAUCUACCCAAGCCACCUAAUGACUCCAACACAUACACGUUUGGAUCAAUUGGAAAACAUAACAUUGUCAUAACCUGUCUGCCAAAGGGGAAGCUCGGAAACAAUCCAGCUGCCGCGGCCGCGCCCCAAAUGGUACGCACAUUUCCAUCUAUAAAAGUCGGCCUAAUGGUCGGCAUUGGUGGCGGUAUUCCCCCAAAGGGAAGCACUGACAAACAUAGUCAUGUGAUUCCAAGAGUUCGGCUCGGGGAUGUUGUCAUCAGCGCACCGGUUGCCGAGUUCCCGGGAGUAGUUCAAUGGGAUAUGGGGAAGGCGGAAGCGGGCGGAAAGUUUAGACGAACAGGCGUGCUGGAUAAGCCGCCUACGUCGUUACUAACGGCAUUGACGAAGCUUGAAACUAAUCAUGAGAUACAUGGGUCGCAGAUCCGUGAAUAUGUUGAAAAUUUGGGGAGAAAACACCCAAAUUUGGCCUUGAGAUACACCUUCUCUGAUUCCCUCCAGGACUCGCGAUACACUCAAUAA